UUGCACGUUCUUCAUUUCUGUUUGUUGAUCGUGCUUGCUCGGGGAUGGUCGAGCGGUGCCCCGACGGAAGCAUGCAGCGAUAUUUACCCGGCAGGCCACAACGGAACCAACUCGCUAGAUCUGCAGGCAAACCCGUACCGGCUAGAUCUGGCGGCAUUUGAUGAGCUCGGAGGAACACUUUACUAUGUUGCAGAUCAGUCUUACAAGAUUGUGCUGAGUGGGAUGUCAGGAGAAGAGUUCAAGGGGUUUCUGGUGCAGGCUAGAACAUUGGCUGAUAACUCUCCUGUUGGACAGUUCAUUUCCCUGGGACCAGACCAACAGCUCAGUGAUUGUGUGCCAGAGGAAUCUGCAGUAACCCACAUAAAUGCAAGUCUCAAGACUCGAGUUUCUUUGACGUGGGGAGCACCUGACAAUGGACGUGGACAACUAAAGUUCUUGUUUGCAGUUGUUGACAGCAUCAACACAUUCUGGGUCCCUGCUGUGACCAUCACACUACACCCCUGUGAGUUCCCAGUGUAUGUACAUGAUGGGCAGUGUGUUGAAACCUGCCCUCCAGCAAUGUUUGGGAAUCAUACGACACAUCGGUGUGAACUAUUGCCUUCAGACUACAACGUAGCACUGAAUGCUACUGCCUACUAUGCCAAGAUACUCAGCAAUCAUCCACUCAAUACACCCGUCUUCAGAAUCAAGGCCAUCAUUUCAGCUGAUUCAAACCCCGCUAGCAUAGCAAUAGUCUUUUUCCAAACCCCGGCAAUUCAAAAUAUAUUGGAGUUGGAGGGAGGUAGUUUUGAUACAAUAUUCAUAUCAGCUGCUGACUUGGUAACAAGGGGGAGUGAGUCUGUGUACGAGACAUCUAUCAACCUCAUACAACAUCCAUUCUCCGAGUUUUACGAUGCAGCUUAUCCGAUAAAGUUUAACCUCAGUAUUUAUCUACUUGCAGGUGGCUACUCUGAAGUGUACUCAGCAGGGUUGGGAUACAUAGCCUGCGGUCUCCCUCUGUAUGAGAGUGUUGGUCAUUGUGUGGAGACAUGUCCUGAUGGACAGUUUGGUAAUGGAAGUAUCACCACUCUCACUGGAACCUGUGAUCCAUUUCCUGCUGAUCGCAGUGUAGCCCUGAAUGCCACAGUGUACUAUGCCCAGAUAUACAGGAACAAUUCACAGUCUACACCAGUCUUCACUGUCAGAGCUAUCGUCAAUGCAUCCUUACCUCAAAUCAACAGCUUGGUAAUCACCUUACACGAAGACGAAAAUAGCGUUAGCCCAAUGAUUACUAGGUCAGAGAGUGAUCUUGUGACAGUGGGUAAUCAGAGAGUUACUGAUUUCUCAUUCCUGGCAAGCAAUCUGUACACCCGUUUUAACGAGGAGGAUUUCCCCGUGGAAUGGUUUAUUACCAUCAACCUCACAGUCAGUCUGCCUAGUCAGACCCUACACGACACAUCCAGGGGACUAGUAAAGAUUUGUCUCUCUCCAGAGUUUUGUGGGAAUGAACCAGUGAAGUCUCCAACAUAUUGUGAUCCAACUCUUUGCUCUAAUGGAGGUAACUGCACUGUGACGGGUGACAGCUAUUACUGUGAGUGUGCCAUGUGCUGGACAUGGGAAAACUGCACUGAGUUUUUAGAAGAGUGUAGUACACCAAUCACACCCAGCCCUACUCCUACUACUCUGUCUUGUGAUCCAAACCCUUGCUCUAAUGGAGGGAGCUGUAGUAAGGUGAACGGGAGCUCUUACUGUGACUGUGCCAUUUGCUGGACUGGGGACAACUGCACACAGAUUGCAGAUGAAUGUACUGACACUCGCUGCACUACUGAGUGUCUGAAUGGUGGAACUUGUAUUCUAACAGAAAACUCAGAAUCACUCUGCGACUGUGUAAUAGGCUUUACUGGCAGCACGUGUGAGACUAAACUCCCUUCUUGCCCAGUACACUACUGCCACAAUGGAGGGACGUGCUUUCUGGUUCAUGGGCAAAGUGUUUGCCUCUGCCGGCCUCAGUUCACAGGUAGCCAAUGUGAGACAGUGCUGUGUGAGGCAGAAGCAGAUGUACCGGUGUACCCUGGUAGUAGUGUGACCUACAGUUGGUCGUGGACAGAAGGAGGGAGGAGCCAGACUCAGCCCUGUCCUGACAUUUGCCAGGAGCUCAUUGACUAUCCUUCAGGAGCAGUGGUGGAGAGACUGUGUCAUGGAGACAGUGGCCAGUGGCUGGGCACCGACUUCACUGCCUGUGGACUCACCAUCACUUCUCUACAGCUCUGUGAAGCUAGCCAGGGAAAGAGUGGUGUAGAGCUGGCUGCUACAGUGGUUCAAGUAUCAAGUAAUGCGUCAGCUCUAGAAUCUCCCACCAUCGCUGUGAUUAGUAGCAUCAUUGAUAACCUAACUGAAUCUGCUAUUGGGGACACACAGGUUCGUGAGGCAUUUUUGAGUAUUGUAGACAAUGUGUUGGAUGCAAGCACCAGUGAGUUACUGAUGAGUCAGACACUGGCCAAUUCUUCUACCAUAAUACUUCAGGCUUUGGAAAGUUUCCUUGAGCGUGUGCCACUGGACAAUGACACAGGCAGUGUUACUUUAACGCGGACAAACUUUGGGGUCAUAGCAUUGAGCAUCAGUGGACUCUACCACACAGAAUCAAUCACACAGCUAUCAUUCAAUGCUGACCUGGGACCUGUGGAGACUGCUUAUUAUGACAACUCAACUAUCUCCCCAGAACAGCUCUUAGUCCACUCUGGGGAUCCUCCGGCUAGUACAACUGGAGUCAUCUCUCUUCAAGACCUGGGCACAUGCCCUGAGAACAGAGAAAAUGAGAGGAUAGUCUACUCAGUUUUUAGAACCAACGCUCUCUUUCUCACUCCAGAAACUGCUUGCAACCUGUCUGCCAUAGGCUCUAUAGUACUGGGAGUGAAGAAGAGUGGCAGUAAAAACUGUAGUUCUCAGUCUGUGAUUGUGGAUUUACAGCAACUCAACAAGGUCUGUAAAAUGAUGCACAAUACAGCCAGUCGGGAGCCUACAUGUUCACACUAUAAUGAUGGAGCUGGGAAGUGGUCUUCCGAAAAUUGUAAGAAAGUAAGCAGCAGUGGAGGAAGAACAAAGUGUGACUGCUCACAACUUGGACAUUUUGGCUUGCUCUUUGACCUACAUCCUGAUGAGCCCCUAUCUCCACUUGCACUGGCUAUUAUCUCUUACAUUGGAGCCGGUUUCUCUAUUCUCUGUCUCUCAUUAUUCCUUCUCACCUUCCUGAGCUCAAAGACUCUUCGAAGGAAGGAGCAUGGGAAGAUUCUGAUCAACAUCAGUGUGUCUCUCCUCUGUCUGUAUGUGGUGUUUGUGGUGGCCGGUCUGGUGACGUCAGUGGAGCCUCUCUGUGGCCUGGUGGCCGCUCUCUUCCACUACAUCAUGUUGGUCUUCUUUGGCUGGACCGCAGCUGAGGCUGUCUUCCUCUACCACAAGUUGGCAGUGGUACUGGGAAACCCAAUUCAACACUAUGUCUGGAAGGCUGGACUUACAGUUUGGUUGGUUCCUCUUCUGAUUACUGUUAUUUCUGUGGGACCAGGAUACGAGUACUAUGUCAACCCUUACUACUGCAGGGCAACAGAGUGGCCAUUUUGGCUGGGACACAUCUUGCCAUUCUCCAUCAUAAACAUAUUCAACUGGAUUGUCUUUUCUGUUAUCAUGGCUCAACUGAUUCGCAGAAGGAUGGCUGUGAAAGUCAACGUCGACCAGAGUAAGAAAGAAAACUCGAGGCAGAACUUCUUCAUUGCAGUUGGACUGUCGCUGUUGCUGGGACUUGGCUGGGGAUUUGGACUCACCGCCACCAGCUCCGACCUCAAAGAACUG